AUGCGUCGACAUCGGCAAAUAGCAUUAUUAGGUUUUCCUGGUGUUGGAAAAUCUUCUCUUGCUCAUCAUUUUGUUUAUAAACAAUUCUAUAAUGAUUAUGAUCCAAGUAUAAAAACUAAUCUUCAACAUCAAUGUCGUCUGAAUGGACAAGAAUAUGAUUUAACAAUAAUUGAUAAUGCUGGAUCGGAUCAAUAUACACUUAAUCAUAGUGAUUUUGAGAAUAGUGAUGCUUAUAUUCUUGUUUAUGCCAUUGAUGAUUUACACAGUUUUAAAAUGAUUUCAAAAAUUCGAGAUAAAAUAAUGUCAACAAGUGCGAUAACUAGAAUUCCAAUGGUUUUAGUUGGAAAUAAAAUCGAUCGAAAUGAAGAAAGAAUUAUUUCAAGUGAAGACGGUCGAUCGUUAGCUAAUUCAUGGAAAAUUCCAUUUGUUGAAGCAUCUGCCAUGGAUUUUCCAGCUGUCCAAGAAAUAUUUGAAAAAAGUCUCAAAGCAAUGGAUAGUAUUGAUUCAACUGAAAAUGGAACAAAUGAAUAUUCAAAUUCAAAUGAAAAAAAUAAUUCACGUCGUUCAUCAAAUUCUUCAGCUAAUAUUAAUUCAAAUUCAAAACAAACAAUAAAUAAAAAUUUAUCUAAUAACCAAUAUCAAUCCAAUAAAACAUGUUUAAUUAGUUAA